CAGCGCCAAAAUGGCGGCGCCCAUCGUUAUUCCGGAUACGGCCAGUGUAAGAAAAGCAGUGUCUUUUAUUAACACCAUAGAUACUGGCAAGUUCUCUCGACUGCUCUCCCGCAUCCUUCAGAAGCUUCAUUUAAAGGGUGAAAGUACUUUCACAGAAGAAGAGGAAGAAAAACUUCAAAUUGCCUUCUCAGUGGAGAAGCAGGACCUCCACCUUGUCCUUGAAACCAUAGCAUUCAUUUUGGAACAGGCUGUAUAUCACAACUUGAAACCAACUAUUCUGCAGCAGCAGCUGGAGCAUUCCCAUGUGGAUCAUGAUAAAGCCGAAGUGUUUGCCACUACGUGGGCUGCUGCAGGGUCAGACACAGUGGAGAAGUUCAGGCAAAGGAUUUUGUCGCCUCAGAAG